AUGCGUCUGCAAACCGCUGCGGAUGAGGUCCGCUGCAAAACCUUCCCCAUGUUCCUGAAGGGAAAGGCCCGGCUCUGGUUCCAGGGUCUGGCACCGGGGUCCAUCCGGAGUUUCCCCGAACUGGCCAAACAGUUCGCCGCCCAGUUCGUCUCCUCGAAGACUUACUCGAAAAACGUGACCCAUCUGAUGGCAAUCAUGCAGAAGCCGGACGAGUCCCUGAGAAAUUUCAUGACCCGCUUCAACACGGAGAGCUUGCAGAUCAGGGACAAGGAUGAAAAGGUGGUCAUGGCCGUCUUCAUGAACAGGCUCAGGGUGGAAGAGCUCUUCUACAAGCUCGCCGAGAAGCCUCCCGGAGACCUGGAAGAGCUCUUGACCAGGGUGCACGCGGCCGCCAAUGCGGAGGAGGCUGCUCACCUGAAGAGAGAGUCAGAUCGGGAGAUCGGAGAUCGGAGAGGACGGGAAACCCCCCCGAGAACAAGGACGGCCCGGCCAAGAAGAAUGUUUUCGACCGGUUCUCAAAGGAUAAAGCUCCCGAUCAACCGCCGCUUCCGGAAAAAGGCUACACCCCCCUAA